AUGAUCCCUGAGCAUUAUGGCAUCACUCACGAAGAUCACAUUCCCGGGCGAGUCCUUCACAAGUAUCUUACAGACUUGUCCAAGAAGUUUGGCAUCUUCUCCAGGACUCGGUUCAACACUCGUGUAGAAUCGCUCGAGCCUACAUCAGAUGGCGGCUGGAAAGUGGUCACGACGACAAAUGGAGAGAAGGAGCAGACACUGCACAGCAAGAAGGUCAUUGUUGCUACUGGGCUGACAUCAGCUCCGAACUUCCCACAGUAUCCAGGCGCAGAGACCUUCAACGCACCCUACUUCCAUGCCAAGGACUCCUGUCGCCAAGGAGGAACGGUGAAGACUGCAAAACGAGCAGUGGUGGUCGGAGGUGCAAAGUCGGCCAUGGACGUGGCAUUUGCAUAUGCUGCGGAAGGUGUGCCUGUCGAUAUGGUGAUUCGACCUAGCGGCAACGGGCCUGUGUGGAUCUCAUAUCCUCAUGUCAUGGGUGGCAAGCGACUGGAGCAGUUGUUGCAUGUCCGGUGGAUGCAGUGGUUUUCACCCUGCCCAUUCGGUGGCGGCGACAGCUGGCUUGGUCGGACAAUGCGUAACUUUCUCCACGGUACAGCAAUCGGUCGUUUCCUUACCGACCAGUUCUGGGCCGGACUUUCUGGCGAAGUCGUCACCAACAAUGGGUACAAGACAAAUGCUGAGCUUGGCAAGCUCCAGCCGUGGAAUCCUGCCUUCUGGAUAGCUUCAGGCCUUAGCAUCCACAACUUCGAUCGCGACUUCUUCAAUAUGGUCAAGAAUGGGGAGGUCAAAGUACACAGUGCUGACGUCGAGCGGAUGACGGACCACACUGUUCACCUCUCAGACGGCACCGAACCGAAGACCGAUGUCCUUGUCUGUGCCACUGGCUGGCGAAAAGAGCCUUCGAUCCGCUUCCUGAACUUCGGCACUGCUGGGAUCGGCCUACCUUACACACCAACGGAACAAUCUUCUCUGGCGACAGAUUACGAUGACAAGAUCCUGAAGAUGUACCCUCGCCUCGCAACCCAGCCCACACUCAACUUCAAGCCCAAGGCAGAUCCUUUCCGUCUCUACCGCUUCAUGGUACCACCAGCACGCAUCGAAGAUCGUAACAUCGCUUUCGCAGGCAUGAUCUCUUCUGUCUCGACAACCAUGGUUGCUGCUGUCCAAGCUUUGUGGAUCUCGGCAUAUCUCGAUGGUAAGCUCGAUCACGCACCUGGGUCGAAAGAAGAGGUGACCAAAGAGGUGAUGCUGCACACUCAGUGGGGUAAGUGGAGGUAUCCUUGUGGAUAUGGUGCUAGUCUUCAUGACUUUGCUUUCGACGGCGUCCCCUACAACGAUUUAUUGCUGAAGGACCUUGGUGUGAAGGCGAACAGGAAGCAGGGAUGGAAGGACGUCACGGAGCCAUAUCAGCCGCCAGACUACAAGGGUAUCAUCGAUGAGUGGCUCGAGCUGAACACCUGA